UCCAUCAUGCAGGAUGCUAAUGUUAAAGGAUCCUUUGAAACUUCUCAAAAAUAUAUCAAGAUUUUAAAUCUGAAGCUGAAUUCUCUGAAACUGUAAGUGUAAAUAAUCUUAUUUUGGAUGUUAAAGUCGUGUGCGAUGUUCGGAUCUCAAAGAAGGGGAAUAUUUCCUCAGCGACUGCUGAUGUCGCUUCUGCUCCUCUCAGCCUGGGAGGCGGGGAGCGGCCAGGUCCGCUACUCGGUCCCCGAGGAGGCCAAACACGGCACCUUCGUGGGCCGCAUCGCCCAGGACCUGGGGCUGGAGCUGGCCGACCUGGUGCCCCGCCUGUUCCGGGUGGCGUCCAAAGGCCGCGGCGACCUUCUGGAGGUAAACCUGCAGAAUGGCAUUUUGUUUGUGAAUUCUCGGAUCGACCGGGAGGAGCUGUGCGGGCGGAGCGCGGAGUGUAGCCUCCACCUGGAGGUGAUCGUGGACAGGCCGCUGCAGGUUUUCCACGUGGAGGUGGAGGUGAAGGACAUCAAUGACAAUGCGCCCCUGUUCUCUCUUAGCGAACAAAAGUUGCUGAUUUCUGAAUCUAAGCAACCCGAUUCUCAUUUUCCUCUGGAGGGAGCUUCUGAUGAGGAUAUAGGAGAGAACGCUCAGUUGACCUACAGACUAAGUCAAAAUGAAUAUUUUUCGUUGGAAUUGCCAACAAAUAGCAAGUCAAGUAAAAGACUAUCACUUACAUUAAAGAAAUCUCUGGACAGAGAGAAAAUUCCUGAACUUAAUUUGCUACUGACUGCUGUGGAUGGUGGCAAGCCUGCACUCACAGGCACAGUUCAGCUCUUUGUGGUUGUCUUGGAUAUUAACGACAAUGACCCAGAAUUUGAUCAAUCAGAAUACAAGGUAAGACUGAUGGAAAAUGCAGUUAAAGAAACUUUUGUGAUAAAGGUAAACGCUACAGAUCGAGAUGAAGGCACCAAUGGACAGGUAGCAUACUCCUUGAGGUCGAUUAAGCCCGAUGGAAAAAACUUGUUUACACUGAAUGAAAAUAGUGGAGAAGUCAGGGUCAAUGGAACUUUAGAUUAUGAAGAAAAUAAGUUUUAUGAAAUUCAAGUACAGGCCACAGAUAAGGGGACUCCCCCGAUGGCAGGUCACUGUACGGUCUGGAUAGAAAUCUUAGAUGCCAAUGACAACGCUCCUGAAAUCGCCGUGACUUCUUUGUCUUUCCCAGUACGAGAGGACACGGAGCCCAGUACAGUCAUUGCACUUAUCAGUGUGUCAGAUCGCGACUCUGGGGCCAAUGGGCAGCUGACCUGUUCUCUGACACCCAACGUCCCCUUCAAGCUGGUGUCCACCUUCAAGAACUAUUAUUCGCUUGUGCUAGACAGCGCCUUGGACCGCGAGAGUGUGUCGAACUAUGCUCUGGUGGUGACCGCGCGCGACGGGGGCUCGCCCCCGCUGUCGGCCACGGCCAGCGUG